GUCCAGCUGGUGAAUGCACUCGCAGUUCCAUUUGGUACGGCUUUGUUGACCCUGUUGUCGCCUUAUGGACAUAUGACCGCGAGAACGCUGGGUGCGCUCGUGGUCACUUUGGCGGGAAGCGUCGUCUUCUUCCAAGGCGGCAGCCCUUCGAUCAAGUCUUCGGCCUUGUUUGCGACUACGCUCACCCCGGAAGAGUUGAAGGAAGAACAGGAUUGGAAGCAAGCAAACUUGGAGCGUACACAGAAGGAAGAGCAGGCAAAGAAGGAAGCAGAAGUGGAGCGCAAGCAGAGAGAGGAGGAGAAGCAGAAAUCGGCCGAAGAGCAAAAGCAACUUCGCAUGGAGCGCGAAGAGGCGAAGAAGAAAGCCGACGCUGAGAAACAGCGUCAGAGAGAGGAAGAGAGGCGCUUGAAGGAAGAGGCGAAGCAGAAGGCCCAGGCCGAGAAACAGCGGCUGCAGGAAGAACGCAAGGCAAAGAAGGAAGCCGAGCGAAAGGAGCGAGAAGAGGCGAAGAAGAAAGCCGAGGAAGAGCGAAAGAAGAAACAGGCAGCAUACGAGGCUCAGAAGAAGGAAGAGCAGAGGCUGGCCGUGGAAGAGAAGAAGCGAAAGCAGGCCGAAGAGAAGCUCCGUGCCGAGGCGGAACAGAAGCGAAAGCAGGAAGAGGCCCGGCAGAAGCAGGAGGUGAAGGCUCGAGAAGCAGAAGAAAGGAACAGACAGGAGCAAGAGAAGAAGGACGCCGAAGCCAAGAAGCGCGCCGAGGAGGCCGCGCAGCGUGCCGAAGCCGAAAGGCUGAAAAAGGAGGAACAGGAGAAAAUCGCUGCAGAGCAGAAGCGAAAGCAGGAGGAGGAAGCCCGGCAGAGGAAGGAAGCCGAAGCGCUGAAGAUCCAACAGGCCGAGGAAGCAAAGCGAAAGCAGGAAGCAGAGCAGAAGCAGAAGGAGGAAGCGGAGCGCCAGCGCAAGGAGGCGGAGGCGCGUCAGCGCCAGCAAGCAGAGGAGGAGCGCAAGCGCAAGGAGGAGGAAGAGAGAAAGCAAAAGGAAGAGCAGGAGAGGAGGCAGAAGGAAGAGCAGGAGAGGAAGCAGAAGGAGGAGCAGGAGCGAAAGCAGAAGGAGGAGCAAGAACGAUUGCAAAAGGAACAAGAGAGGCAGAGACAAGAGGAAGAGAGCCGGCGGAAGGCAGAAGAGGAGAGAAGGAAGCAGGAGCAAGAACAGAAGGUGAUGGCGGAAAGCAAGCCCCUCAGCGAAGAGGAGAAGCUCGCUGCCCAAGAGAAGGCAAAGCAAGAGGAGCAAAAGAGAUACUCGCGCCUGAGCUUCAAGUGGAAGAUGCAAGACGAGUCGCGGCUCAAGGAUGAG